GCAAUUUUACGACGUAUAUUACGCGUAUGUGAUUUAUAUGCGGUAGAAUUGUCAGUAAUCGUAUGUAUAUAAUCAGUAAUCAGUAGUUGAAUAGAAGGUACAAAUCUCGCGAAGCUAUACAUUAUCGCUUUUCAUAUUAUUUCGUUUGUUGAAUUUUUAGGUAUCAAUGUUUAAAAUUUGAUUUGUGUAACCUCUUUUUCAUAUAAUUAUUGUACCAAAACAAAUAUAAUAAGAUGUAAAGUUUGCGAAGAAUUGACUUUAUAUAAAGUUUUAAUGAGCGGUUUUAAUGUAUUCAUAACAAUUCUGACAAAUGAUUUACAAUUACAGUGAAUGACAACUUGUGCCUACUACUGUAAUAACGGUAACUUUCCUAACGUUUUAAAAGAAAAAAAAAAAAAAAAAAAAAAAUAUUAACCGUAACAUUAUCACGCGUGUCAAUAAUUGUUAAAAGAAAAUCAGGAUCAUUAUAUUAAGUAUGUUUGGGCAGUCUGGAAGUACAUCGUUCAGUGGUUUCAAUACAGCUACACAAUCCAGUCCAUUUGGACAGUCGGCAUUUGGUAAACCAAUCACUACAACAAGUUUUGGCACUGGUGCUGCACCAGUCUUUGGUAGUAGUAAUACUUCUCUCUUUAGUUCAAAACCUGCGAGCUCUACUACUGGUGGCUUAUUUGGUAAUACUACAACUCCACCUGCAUUUACUCAACCAUCUUUUGGAGGGUUUGGCACAACAAAUACCAAUACCAAUUUAUUCGGUACUCAGCAAAAUGCAAGUACAAAUCUUUUUGGUACAAGUACGGCAACUUCAGCAUUUGGUCAAUCAAACAAACCGGCUGGAUUUGGUUUCGGCGCUACAUCUGGAACAAAUUUAUUUGGACAACCUCAACAGUCAACUCAACAAACUACUCCUUUUGGACAAAGCAGUACUACUGGAAAUACUAAUUUAUUUGGUACAACACCUGGUUUUGGUAAUACAAAUACUACAACCACAAGUAUGACCGGUACCGUUGUUAAAUUUACUCCUGUGAUUACUACCGAUUCUAUGUCCAAGAAUGGUAUAUCUCAUACUAUAUCGGCGAGGCAUUGGUGUAUCGCAUCAAUGAAAGAAUAUGAAUCAAAAUCUUACGAAGAGUUACGUUUUGAGGAUUAUUCUGUGGGACGAAAAGGACCUGGUACAGGAAUUUUUGGUACACCAGCACAACCUUCACCUUUUGGCAAUGCAGGGGCAGGUACUAGUACUGCGACAACGGGUUUUGGUGGAAUAAGCGGAGGUUUUGGAGCCACCACACAAUCUGGUUCAAGUGGCUUAUUUGGAAAGCCUAUAACAAGUUUCGGUACACCAGCGACAACAACAACAAAUAAUUUCGCUUUCAAUUCUACUCCAAGCACAAAUUUAUUUGGUAGUAAUACCCAGAAACCUUUUGGUACAGCAGCUCCAACACCACUUUUUGCAGCCAGCAAUACUAAUCAAAAUACUGGUACAGGUUUCGGUAUCAAUACGGGACAAAACACUAGUUUCGGUCCUACAUUUGGUUCAACGCAAUCGAAUCAGAGUAUUGGUUUAUUUAAUCAAAAUAAAUCGGCUUUCAAUGCACCUUCCACUUCGUCUAGCGCUGCAUUCUCUAAUUUUGGUCAAACACCAUCGAGCAAUACUGGUACUAAUUUAUUUGGUGCCAAAUCAACUGGAACAAUUGGUUUUGGAACGACUUCGUCUUUCGGCUCGACUACACCAUCAACUUUUGGAACUACAACAGGUUUCACUGCAGGUCAAAAUUCCGGUGCUUCAUUGUUUAAUACACCUUUUAAACCUACAGGACAAACACCUGGAUUCUCUUUUGGUUCGACUUCUACACCAUCAUCCGGACUUGGUACAAAUACAAGUUUGAUGUUGGGUAGUGGUUCUACUUUAUUCGCUCAACAAAAACCAGGUGGUUUAUUUGGAAAUACUGGUAACAAUGCAACAUUUAAUACAGCGGGGACGUUCGGAUCUUCAACAUUUGGAACUAAUACAAACGUAGGAACGGGUAUUGGAACAGGAUUACUUGGUGCUGGGAGUAAUAUUAAUCAAACAAAGAAUUCGGGGACGGUACCAGUGCAUCAACAAAUUUUGGCUUUGGUGUCUGCGCCAUUUGGAGAUUCACCGUUAUUAAAAAAUCUUUUACCGGCUUCUGGUAAAACAGAAGAGUUACUAAAACCGGCGAACGCACCUUCUAAACUGUUAAACGGUCCACAAUAUAAAGUUACUGCUGAUAAUAAAUCUCCGAAAAUCAAAGUGACUUUUAAGAAAUCAAUAUUCGAAGGUCUUGAAGAGGAAGAUCCACUUUCGGAAGCGUUUCAACCUCGUCCAAAUGCAAAGCGUUUAGUGUUACGUCCAAAAUCGAUAUUGAAUUCAAUAGUUUCGUCACCUACUGAAAAUUCUCAUAAUGCAACGAAAAAUUUACAAUCUUCUGAUAAAGGAGAAGAGAGAUCAUCCAUGACGAAUUCAUAUAUCGAAGAUACAACUAUCGAAACUAUAGAUAAAGAGAAUCAUAGUCAGGAUAAUAAUCGACAAUUAACAAAUGAUCGAAGAUCAUCUUCAUCAUGGUUGAAAACAAGUCUUCCACGAAAUGCGAAUGCAAAAAAUUUAAACGAAGAAUCAUUCGACGGACAACGUUCAUUGCUCUCUAGUCCGAACGUAUUAUCCGAAGAAAUGAUAAACAAUACAAUUAGCGAAUUGCGACCUUAUGCUAAUGCCAGUCCAUCAAAUCAAAUAUGCUCUGAAAUUAAUACUUCUGUGGAUACGUCUAUAAAGAAUUCGUCUCUCGUCGAUAAAACGGAUAUUGUGAUUCGAAAUUCUGAUUCGAGUCAAGAAUUAGAUGAAAAUUCUUUUUCAACGUUACAAAAUUCUAAUGGGAAAACAAAUGCAGCAAAAGUGACGUUGACACGUGUUGGUUAUUACACAAUUCCAUCACUUGACGAAUUACACGAAUAUGUUGAUGGUGAAAAGUGUAUCGUACCAAAUUUCACAGUUGGUCGCGAAGGUUACGGAAAUGUAUAUUUCCCUGAAUCAUUUGAUAUAUACGGUCUCAAUUUAGAUGAUAUCGUACAUUUUCGACGCAAAGAAGUUAUCAUUUAUCCAGACGACGAGAAAAAACCAGCUAUAGGGCAAGGAUUAAACCGUAAAGCACAAGUUACUUUAGAUCAAGUAUGGCCACACGAUAAAUCUUUACAUAAAGAUAUUACCGAUCCCUGUCGGUUAUUGGCAAUGGGUUAUGAGGAAAAAUUACGAAGAGUAUCAGCAAAACACGAUACCAAAUUUUUAGAAUAUCGCCCCGAAACUGGUUCUUGGGUUUUUAAGGUAGAUCAUUUUUCUAAAUAUGGUCUAAGCGAUUCGGACGAAGAUGAUAAUAAUGUCCCUACAGUGAAUGAUACAAAAAGAUUAAAACUGAGCACCACAACUCAACAGAAAUGCGCGGCUAAGCUGGAGCAGCCAAAAGCUUUAGAUAUAGAUCAUAAUCAGGAAAAACGAUUACCGAUAAGUCCAACUGGUGAUAGUGCUCGCAUUUUGGGUACCGACAGUCAUAAAUUGCAAUUAAUGAAAGCUAGCUUCUUCGACGGUAGUGACGAAGAGAUUUAUGAUCAAGAAUCAAAUCGUAGAUUAUUCCUUUCUUCUGGUCAUAAAAGUUCUUUGCGAAGUUUCAUCAAUACUGUUCAAAAAAUCGAUGAGGAUCAAAAAUACGAAUCAAAUUACAAUUUGAUGUUACGAUCAAAUUUGACGAUUCAUCAUACACCAACGAUUACUUACGAAGAACCAGCACUUUCAAAGUUAGAUUCUAAGAUGAAACGCUCGAUGGAUAUUAUUGCUAAAAAAUCAUCGAUAUAUGAAAAAGUUUUACCGGAUCCUUCGAUUUCUCCUGUGAUUAUAAUUUUUAAAUGGAUUUCUGAAGCCGUUCCGUUAUCAAAGUCUAUUAUACACAAACUAGAAUCUCGUUCUGUUGCCGAUAUGGGCAUACAAAUGGGAAGAAUGUUCAAGCCGAGUUGGGGACGCGGUUUAACGUUACUUACAUUGAACACUAGAAAACAAGCUGACGAGAUAGCAUUAAAUAGUCCAUUCGAAGAAAUUGGAUCUUAUGUAUGUGGUCGUUCCCCAGAAGAUACAUCAUCUGUUGCGAUAGUGCAACGUAUUCAAAUCUUGGGUGGUAACAGAACCGAUGAUGAUCGCGUUAAAAUAUUCAAGGAAAGCAUAGAAGGUCAUCUAAAAAUUCAAUUGUCCCAUCGUGUAAUGAAUCAAGAAGGAGAUUGCCCAAUUUUUGACGUAGAUACAGAUGUUAAUAAAGCAAGUAUGGCUUUACACGCGCAUUGUAGUUUAGCCGAAGAAUUCGCGGAACAGUUCAGCACAGAUUGUUUUGCUUCGUACGUUGCUAAUGUUUGGAAACUAUGCGUAGCUCUUUGGGGGACUUUACCUGAUAUAAAUGUUGCUUCAGAAAAUCCGAAAGAUCAUAGUGUCGUAAUAGCACGACGAGAGGCUUUCGGGGAAUGGUUAAGAAAUGUUAUACGAAAAACGCUUGUAUGGGAGGAUAUGAAUGUUAGUAACGAAACAAAGAUAUUGCUUUUACUAUCUGCUUUUGAAUUAGAAGAGGCAUGUAAAACUGCGCGAGAAGUAGGCGAUCAUUGUUUGGCUUUAUUAAUGGCACAAUUAUGCAGUGGAAUGCCUAUAAAGGCAUUAAUAAAGCAACAAAUUGCAUUAUGGCGACGUGACCACGUUGAUGAAAAAAUCUCGUUAGAUCGAUUAAAACUUUACGCAUUGAUAGCGGGUGAACCACUCGUGCCCAGUAAACAUGGUAUUAUCAAUGUCUGCGAAGGUUUCGACUGGAAGAGAGCAUUAGCUGUUCAUUUGUCGUAUUUUUCAUCUCCAACUGGUUCGAUAAGAGAUAUAUUAGAUCAUUACGAAAUGUCUUUCGAUACAAGUGAUUCGUGCGCUUAUACAACUAUACCGAAACCCGAAUACAAAGGAGAUGAUUACGAACUUGAAAUAAAUAGUGGAAAAUCAAUAUACGAUCUAUGUUUUCAUCUAUUAAAAUUAUUUUGCACUGGCAAUCAUACAUUAGGAGAACUAUUAAAUCCAGCAACGCAUACUGCCGAUCCAUUGGAUUACAGACUCAGUUGGCUGAUGCAGCAAGUACUUUUAGCUUUGGGCUAUUCACAUCUUUCGGAAUAUGUUGCUACUUUAACACAUGUUAAUUUUGCAACGCAAUUAGAAGCACACGGUCUUUGGCAUUGGGCUAUAUUUGUGAUGUUGCAUUUGAAAGAUGCCGGAAAAAGAAAAACUGCGGUAAUGAAUUUAUUGCAACGUCACGUUGAAAUAGACGAAAUCGCUGAUUCCGUCGAUCCUAUCGAGAGAGAAAAAUUUUUACGGGAAGAACUAGGUAUACCUUCAAUUUGGAUUCAUCAGGCUAAAGCCGUGAAAAGUUACGUAGCUAAGAGAUAUGGCAAAGAGAAUAUCGGACAGUUAAUGACGUCGGUCACGGCGCCUAUUUUAGAUCGACGAAAUUAUACGGUGAAGACAGCUAAUUUAUUGGGUAUCGUCGGCACCGAUGUACCCGUAGAAGAGAUACAGAAAUUGGUUCCCCCUUACAAGUUAGGUGUCAACGGAUACUCUUUUAUCGUCGACAAUAACGGCCGUGUUUUAUAUCAUCCGGAUUUGCGACCAUUGCCGGGAAACAUAGACUACGAGGAAACGUUAAAACCUACGUAUAUCAGCGUUGACUUAUCGGAAGUCGAACUCGCCGAAUAUGACGGCCCAUUACAUCCAUUAAACAAUUCUCUUCUUCUCGACUUGAGGCGCGAUAUGAUCGAUCAAAAAGAAGGAGAGACUAAUUUUGCGAUCAAAAUUCACUACGAUAACAUGAAACGUGUCACCAUCAGACGUCACAAUUAUUUUUAUAAAUCGAUAGAAGGAACGCCAUUUUCAUUGGGAUUAGCGUUGCCCGAAGGUUACGGUAUGUUUGAAUUGUUGGCCGAGCAAGAAAUCAAGCAUGCGAUAAUAAAUGUAACCGAGUAUUUUAAGGGGAACAAUUGGAAGGUACAUCCCGACUGGGUGUAUUGCGAAUAUAGUUCGGCUUCCGAGAAAUGGUUUCCGUCCCCGGAAGAACGCGUUCUACAUUUCUUGACGCGAACGCGGAGCCCGGGAUGGAAAUGGAUGUCCUUGAGGCCAAGGAGUCCAAGCUCGCAUCACAAACAAGCGAGCAAACCCGACAAAGAUGCUUAUUACUGUGAUAAGAAAUUAGUGCAAUCCCUAGUGUUGGACGCGUUGGUCACCGAUGGUUUCAACAAAAGAGGUGCGAUGCACAAAGAAGAAAAUCAAAACCAAGGAACGAGUACAUUUGGCGUAACACGGAGUUUCAUCGCAACUAGAAGUGGCUUAUUUCGUUGGCACGAGCAUCAACAAACCGAAGAUAACACCGAUGAAUCACCAUUUGCCGAGAAAUAUGCAAGAGCUAUGGAUUCCUCGUGGUAUAAACGCGCUGUGGAUCAACACUCCAUAGAACCGGAUAGUUUCGUUUUCAGCGUACCUUUUAACGCCGCGGACAGCCCCAAUCCAUUAGUAACCGCUACUCACGCGGUUUUUAUCGGGACAGGACACAAAGCACCAGCAGCUGUCGUAGGUUUACAGUUUCAACAUUCUUCACUGGCCUCUCGCUUCGUCAACAUUACUUCGACGUGUAGUGGUACGAAUUGCAAGAAAAAUUGCGCCUCCGACGCAUUAGAUUGUUAUAUCUUGGACAAUAACGGAUUUAUCAUAAUCAGCGAACGUCACGAGCAUACCGGAAAAUUUUUCGGUGAGAUCGACGGCACUAUAAUGGAUUCCCUAGUUCAGGACAGAAUCUAUAGAAAAGUAACAGUGACCGAUUAUCAAGGUAUAUGUAAUCCACAAGAAUCUUAUCAAUCAUCCGCAUCGAGGACUUUCUCGGAAUCUAUCGCGAAAACGAUCGCGAUAUUGGGAAAUUUUCUUUGGAGCAUGGCAUUUGGCUUUAAUUUUCAAAAUUUAUGGCAAGUCGCAUUCGCAUUCGCCGGUGAAUCCGUGAGACCUCUGGAUGAUUCGAUCGGACAAGUUCACGAAUUCGAGUCAUUGGCGAUAGACGGAGGAGGAGAAGCGACGGACGAACCAAUACCGGAUGGAAAUUUUCCAAGGCUUCUGACUGUUACCGCUGCAACCCCUGUGUCUCCUGGUACAACACGAGCUACAUCCACGCAUCAUUUACGAACAAGGCUAAGAUCAUGCGAGAAAAAAACGGAUCUUUAUAUUUUACAACCCGAAAGAUUGAAUACCAGCGGACAAAGCAAUCCGUUGAAAGGGAAAUUAACCAAUUGUCACGAUACCGGUUGCGAAAGGCCAUUCAGCGUACAAAAGAUUCCCCAUACGAACUUGAUUUUGCUUGUAGUAGACACGUUGUGUCCAUGCGGAAGUAAACAAUUGAGCAUCGAGCCCAUAGAGGCACUGACAGAACCCGGUGCUUGUAUCGCGAGAAGAGAACGUUUGUAUCGUCGCAGGCCUCCCAAAUGUAUAAAUUAUCAUCCAGAAGAAAUGGAGAUCAAAUUUUGCGGUAGCGCGAAUCGUCCCUGUCAUUUCUUCUUCUUAUUCAUCGUCGCAAUUGUUUCGAGCACUCUCGCGUGACUUUGUUCCAAUUGACGAUUCUAUUAUACAUAUACACGCACACACAUUUAACGUACGAACAGACAGACGGACAGAUAGACGGACAGACGGACAGAGAGAGAGAGAGAGAGAGAGAGAGAGAGAGACAGAUAAAUAUGAAUACAGAUAUCCACGAAUUAACGUUUUUGAAAAUGAAUUUAGCGUUGCCGUUUCUAUGAAACAGUUAUGAAAAUGAUAUACUAGUUUAUCGGUUUAAUACCUAUAUAAUUGAGUAAUACGUGCAUAACAAUGAACGAGCGAGUGCACGUGUAUAUACACUAGGUAUAUAUUCGUACGUGUAUGCGUGCGUACAUAUGUACGUAUAUACGUACGUGUAUAUAUAUAUAUAUAUACGCGCGCGCGCGCACACACACACACAUACACAUAUAAAUAUACAUACAUAUAUACAUACUUGCAUAUUUGGAAGGAGGUUUACGCGUGUAAAUUACGGUCAUACAUACAAUAUAAUACGUGUUCGUAUGACGUUAAUUCACACGUGCACAUUCGUGUACAUACACGUGCACUCUACGUGUACGUAACAAUCACGCAUGCACACGCAUACGUCUCGAUAGGCGUGCGUGUGUAUGCGCAAAAAAGAGACGUGUACAUAUUCAAAUACAUAAUAUUAAUGUUGAUCUAUGAUUACAUAUCCCAUUAUAAAUUGUUUUGUUGCAAAGAGAUUGUGAAUAUUUCCUAAUCGUAUCUAAGUCAGUAACAUAUGGAAGAAAGAAAAAAAAGCGAUAAAGUCACGCGUAAUCACGACGCGUGGAUCGAGCAGAGUGGAAACGACAAUACGCAUAAACGCAUAUUUAAAACGAUUUCUUAAUAAUCCGGCUAUAAUAAUCACGGCGAUAAGCACGAUCGUUUUUUAUCGAGUUAUUUUUUUUUUUUUUUUUUUCGACUUAGUCGCGUCAAGCGAGAACUAUUUUUUUUAUUUAUUUAUAUUACCGAAUUUAACCGAAACAUUAUCGUCGUUUCCAUAUUUUCCGAGAUAACGGAAACACGAAUCAAACAUUCAUCAUUUAUAAAUCACGCGUAAGCGUACGACAUAUGUAUAUAAAACUUACGAGUGUGAUUAGUUAUUAUUAUUAAUGAUCCGAGCGCGUACAUUGUUCGUCGAAGUAAUGGAAAUGGAAAAAAUUGUAUCAAAGCGUUCCUAUUUCGUGACACCUGUUUCCUUCAUGUUCAAAAGAAUAAGCAAAAAAGAAAAAAGAAAAAAAAAAAAAAGAAACGAGGGAAGGGAAAGUUUAUCGAAACGUAAGUUAUAAUAUUAAUUACAUAACGAUAUCGCGUCAAUAUAUAUAUAUCGAUAUACUCGCGUUUGGAAAUAACAUAACGGACCCGCACUCUCGUUUCAUCAUCGUCAUCGAAUUUUCGAUGUAAUUGCCAAAAAUAUCGAUUCUAUAUUCUCGCUCGUAUUCUACUUACGCGUGCGUACGUCUUCUUCAGACGACGAUAUUACGAUAAAUGUAUCGCACGUUGCAUAGUUAAACUUUGAUAUUACGCUUGCAAUUAUUAGGGCAAGUAUCGAUUAUACUUUUUUCUUCCUCUUUUUCGAACGUUACGCGGCACGAUACACGGAACAACGUUCUACAAUUUAAAUUCCAAAUUAUCGCUUGUUACAUUAGAGAUAUAAAAGACAUUGGGCAAUAGCGUGGAAAACAAUAGAGAAACAAUAGAGAAGAAAAAGAAAAAAAAUAUCGGUCGCGUACGAGGCUCGAAAAAAUCAAGGAUCGACGAGCAAAUCGAACGUAGCGUUUUUCUUUUAUCAAUUUAUAAGAAAGAGAAGGUAAAACACAAACGUUUACGACAAAGUAUCGAUCGAAAGAAAAGUACGAAAGUACAUCGAACGAUAUUUACGCGUCGUCGGUGAUAAAACGACCAUGUACGCGUUUAGAGAUACAUACAUUAUUUGCAUACAUUCGCAAAUAUUCGAGUUGGACGAAAAUAUCUGGAUGCAGCGAAAAAAAAAUAAUAAUCGUCACGAUAAUGGACAUAAGGGAAAGAAACGAAAAAGAAAGAUCGAUAACGCGUCGUCUAUGCGAGGAAAAAGUCGUAAAAAACGAAGAAUAGCCUAACGAAACGUAAAAUAACGAACGAAUCAAAUUAAAUUAAAAGGAAUACGUAUUCUAUUACCACGCGUAUAUCUCUCUCAGUUUGGUUAUCUAUAAUAUCAUUUAGCACAUUAUUAUUCGUAAAACGACCGUUAGAGAUAUAACGCGCUUCGUUCGUUAACGCGUUAUAGAACGCGAAUCGAGGACGAAGCCACGAAAAUAAGGCAAAAGAAAAGUGUCGUUAUGAACGUAAAUAAUAAAAAGGGAAAAAGAAGAAAAAAUUUACGAACGUUUUAGAUAAGAAGUCGUUUUUUGAACAGCACUUCUAGGUGCUGCUAUGUCUUCCAUUAUUUGUAUAUUGAUAAUAAAGUCGGUUACGAAUAUAAAUACACAGCGGUACGCGUACACAAGGCUACGCAUACGCAUACGUGUAUAAGUGUACACGUGCCAAAAAUAUUCUUAGGUACGUGUAUAUUUAUACGAGGAUAUCGAACACGAUUAAAAUUAUGUAACUGAAAAAUACGGCAUAAUAUUAUAUAAUAAAAGUUAAAUGCAAGAUAA